UUCCGCAUCCCUUCCGCGAUGCGUGACGUGGGAGCUUGCUUCGCCGUUUAAGGGGAAAAAAAAAAAAAAUAUCCUCCCUUUUUCUUAGAGCUAUGCACAGUACGGCCGGCUUUUAAUAAUUACCGCGAAACAGAGGUGCUGGUCUCCCGAUAAGAGUACUGACAAACCCAAUUCUUUUCUUUUGGAACCUAGAAAAUCACAGCAGAGAUGGCCGCGUUUCUGCAGAAGUUGCGUCAGAAGGUGAAAGUCGGAGUGGUGGGUGGUUCAGAUUUUGAAAAGAUCAAGGAGCAGCUUGGCGAUGACGUGGUUGAAAAAUUUGACUACGUUUUUCCAGAAAAUGGUCUGGUAGCAUAUAAAGAUGGGAAAUUCUUGAGCAAGCAGAACAUUCAGGGUCACCUGGGUGAGGACAUACUUCAAGAUCUAAUCAACUACUGCCUGAGUUAUAUUGCGAAGAUUAAACUGCCAAAGAAAAGGGGCACUUUUAUUGAGUUCCGAAACGGGAUGUUAAAUGUGUCCCCUAUAGGAAGAAGCUGCAGCCAGGAAGAACGAGUUGAGUUCUAUGAACUUGAUAAAAAGGAACACAUAAGGGAGAAAUUUGUAGCUGAUUUACGAAGAGAAUUUGCAGGAAAAGGCCUCACGUUUUCUAUAGGAGGCCAGAUCAGCUUUGAUGUGUUCCCAGAUGGCUGGGAUAAGAGGUACUGCUUAGGAAUCAUUGCCAACGAUGGAUACAAGACUAUUUAUUUCUUUGGAGAUAAGACUAUGCCAGGAGGGAAUGACUAUGAAAUUUUCACAGACUCCAGAACAGAAGGCCACAGCGUCACAUCCCCACAGGAUACACGAAGAAUCUGUGAAGAGCUAUUUUUUAAAUAAAAGACUUUUAGAAUUCACACUUACUUACAAAACAGUUAAGACAGCUUAAUAACUUAAAACACCUUCAUUCUGUAUUGUUUUUUGUAAUUGGUCAUGAAUAGCAAGUGCUUUGCAGGUCAGCCGUUACUAAAGGGAAAUGUUUUAACUGAAGGGAACCUUGAUGACUGGUGGAAUACAGCAGAGCUCAUGUAGCACCAUCCUUUCACUGUUUCCAUCCACACAGGUACUUUGUUUUCUUUUUGGCUGGUUGUAGACUUUGUUGGGGUUCUUUUAUUAUUUUUGUUGAUUUUUUGUUAUUGUUUAAGUCAUCAGUAAACUUCUUUAGCUAAUUAAUUACACUGGGGGGGGGCGGGGAGAGAGAGGGAAUAAUCUGCCUGUAGUUGAUUUAUGGUCUCAGAAUUGGCCUGCAAGGCUUUAUCCCUAUUUUUUAUUUUGAAGCUGCUAUUUAAAAGAUGAACGUUUUAGAGUUGUUGUUUUAAACUACUACCUUCUGGUAUAAAGACAUGAAUUAUAAGACAGUUGGGAUUUUCCUGUUUAAAACUGGAAGAUGAGUAAAAGAGGCAGGUUUUAUUUCUUCCUGGGGGUGGGAAGGUAGAACUGAGCCAGAAGUCCCUGAUCUCAUGGUCAGAGGUGCGUGGAGUCUGCCGCCACUGGAAGGGCUGGACCAACUGGUGCUAAAGUUACCUCCUCAGUACAGUUCACGGUACCUACACUUUUUGCAGACUCUUUUUGAAACUAAAAAAUUUAUAAAACUUAAUUAACACAACUUGAGCAUAGUAGCAAAAUAUUUCUGCCACUAAUUACAUUCCUUAUUUUCCUGGUAAGGCAUUAAGGGUAUAUGAGAUUUUAGUACUAAGAAAAAUGACCUAGACUACGUUUCUAUUAAAAUUCAAGUUGAAGCAUGACAAUCAGUGUAACUGUUAAUAUUACUUUUCUCACCUUGCAUUAGGAAAGUAAUCUUGUGUAUGAACAGUUUAAUUUAGUAAAGGAGAA